AUGCCGCGGCCCUCCGCCUCCGAAACCGCCUCCCGCUUCGCCGCCCACUGGGUCGCCGACGCCCUCGCCGCCGACGAUGCCCUCGACUUCUCCUCCCUUAUGGCGCUGCUGGACGCCACGCCGGAGUCCCUCGCCGGCGCCCCGGCGUCCGUGUCGGAGCGGGUGGCUUUCCGGUGCCUGCAGGAGCUCUCUGCUGCCACCUCCACCGGGGAUGGGCCCACGGCGUCGCGGGCGCCGGCGGGGGUGCUUAGGGUUGACAUCACUCGCUCUUGCGAGGACUUGCUGCUUCAGAUCAUUGGGAAGGUCGGAACCUCGGGAAGUUUCAGGAAGGAUAUGCUUCCAGAUUUUAGUCAAGAUAUCCAAAACAUUAUAUGCAUCAAGAAGCCUAGAUUACCAGAAACAUGUUUUGAGUUGCUCAGAGAAGUGGACCCAGAAAUUGCUUGCAUGGCCUUACCUUCCCCAUUGGAGCAGAAUGGUGACAACGCACAUGAUCGUUUAAAUAUGGAGGAGCCUCGAUUGCCUACAGAUAAUGCUAUACAUCUGGUAGAAGACUUGGCAAAUUUAGCCGAUCAGACAUACAAAGAAAAUAUCAUGAAGGAAUUAAGUGAACCAACUUCUGAUCUUCAGCAACCAUGUAUAUCAGACACCAUAAUUCCACGGGUGGAUAGCAGCAAAACUCAUCCAAGUUCUCCACAAAAUGACCGUGGUGAGAAAGCAAACCAAGAUCUUGAGUAUGAAGGUACAAGCAUCCAGCGAGUGGAAAAGGAUUCAGUUCAUGAGAAACUGGCUCCGCGCGAUGGCAGCGUUUUACCUUCUGUAAGUUGCAAUGAUGCUAUUCAAGGAGAUAAAUCAGAAACCAACCAUCUGUUAGGGAAACGUAAAGAACAUGCAGCGUUAUAUGAACAGCCGAAUGAUGGUAACUGUCACCUGAAAGUCUGUUGUGCCGACAAAGUUAAUCAAUCUAUAUGUAGAGAUGGCGGCAGUCUUGAAAAGAAUAUUGCGGCCAUUGGGGGCCUGAGUGCGCACAGUGCUUCAGGGCCUUGCAGCUGGAGUGUAACCUUGCAUAAUAGAAUCUCAGAGGGCAAUUAUUUAUCCGAGCAGAAUAAUGCGAAGAGAACCACUGAUGUUCAGAAACUCAGUUGCAGUAUACCUGCCCCAAUCCCUCCUCGGGAUGGGGAUGGAAGAAGCGCAAAACAAAUAUCAAACAAGGAAACUCUUGCAAACACUGUGGUGGAAACAUCACACGCCCACUCCUCAGAUGAUAGUUUAAGUGGUUCUGCCGACGAAAUGUCAUUCUGUAUCAAGGAUCAAGGCACAAAUAGCUUGCCCAGGGGCUGUUCAGAAAAAGAUUUGUGCAUUAAAUGCGGCAAAUAUGGUCAGUUGCUGAAAUGUAGCAGCUGCUUGUUAGCCGCUCACAAGAGUUGUUUUGGUCCAUCGGUGACUUUUGUAGACUCUGGCAAGUUUUGUUGCCCAGUAUGCUUCUAUACUAAAGCUACUGAAGCAUAUAAAGAAGCAAAGAAAACAUAUUGUGAAGCUAGGAAGAACCUUGCUGCUUUCCUUGGCUCACAGCAAUUGAUCAAUCAACACGACGAACAACUGCCUGAAGUUCUGCCAAGAGUUUCCCCCAGCAAGGGUCAUUUGAAUGGGUGCAAUUUGGUGAAACGGAAAAAUAGCCAGCAAAUUGAUAUGCAUAGGCUUGCUUGUUCAGAUGAAAAGGCUGAUCAGCACAGAAAGAAACAGAAAACAAAUGCUACAGUUGAUGCUUGUCAUGAGAAAGCAGUCACUGGAAAGGCUCCUUUUGCUGCACAGAAAGAGCAAGAAAUGAAAAUCACAGAAACUCGUGAAGAAUCUGGCAACGAGAAUUCAUGUGACGGAAUGAGAAUUACAUCUCAUGAAAAAUGCGGCCCUUCUGCUACAAAUCAGGUAUGUAAGGCUGACAAAGAUGAUAGUCUUAAAAAUUGUAACCAAGGUGAUGGUGAAACAGAAGCUAUAUCUUCAAAAAUUGAUAUGCAUAGGCUUGCUUGUUCAGAUGAAAAGGCUGAUCAUCACAGAAAGAAACAGAAAACAAAUGCUACAGUUGAUGCUUGUCAUGAAAAAGCAGUCACUGGAAAGGCUCCUUCUGAUGCACAGAAAGAGCAAGAAGUGGAAAUCACAGAAACUCGUGAAGAAUCUGGCAACGAGAAUUCAUGUGACGGAAUGAGAAUUACAUCUCAUGAAAAAUGUGGCCCUUCUGCUACAAAUCAGGAACGUAAGGCUGACAAAGAGGAUAGUCUUAAAAAUUGUAACCAAGGUGAUGGUGAAACAGAAGCUAUAUCUUCAAAUGACUCUGGCCAGCGGUCAUUACUCCCUUUGCGUAACAGCAGACACCACGAAGCAAGAUUGCAAGAAAGGGAGACACCAGUAUCAUGUAAUUCAGGAAAAGCUACUGUGCAGCAGGGUCAACACAUGCCUUCACCAUCAAGAAAAAGAAAAUAUGCAUAUCCAAUCAACCAUUGUUCCGAUAUGGUCGCACCAACUGGAAGGCGCUCGAAGCUCUCUUGGACGGAUGAAGAAGUAGCAGCUUUGAGGGAAGCAAUGGAGAAAUUUAACCCACGAGACAACAGGCCAGUUCCAUGGGUUCAAAUACUAGAAUACGGUAGGGAUGUGUUUCACCGUGCACGCCUCCCAUGUGACUUGAGGGUCAAAUGGAGGAAUAUGAUGAAGAAAACAGGUUCCUGACACUGGCAAGAUUAUGUCUUCUCUAGCCAUAUUCUCAUGUUUUCUCGGAGUUGGGUGGUCCUGCAGUUUCGAACUAUGAAAAGCUCAAAGAUGAAGGGUUGGAUUUCCAGUCGAAGUUCAAUGAACUUUUAGAUGCCUGCGAGUAAAACAUGCAGACAGCCUGAUGACAUCUUCAUGUAACCGAAUACGUUUUGAUUUGGACGUCACUUUCUCCGUGGAGCUUGGGGAACUAGAGAGAAUUGGGAGCGCGGUGCAGCUUCAGUGGGAAAGUGUGGUGAUAGUUACUAGUGUACAUGGUGUAACUAAGCAGUGUAUAUGCCUUUAUAAUACUAUGAAACAGAACAUUUCUUGUGCUAUAUGCUUCACUGAGCAAUGUAUAGGGCUUGCUAAUAUAUUGCCCGCGGUGAAACACGUCGGAAGCUGUGAAAAUAUCUUUGAUGUUUCAGAUCUGAUGUUUUCCC